CGCGUAGAAGUUGGUUCCUUUUGAUCGUUUGGUCCCAGCUCAUCAACCAUACAUAACCAAAUUGGGAUUUUCCGAUUUUUUAAAUCCCAAUUUUUUUUUUAACGUUAAACAUAAACUACAAUAAGGCAAUAAUAUAAAGCUUCACUUGCAGGACUUUCAUGAAGCUUUCUGAUGUUAAAUUAACAAGCCUAUGAGAAGCUACUGAGUAAUCAAAAAAUUCAAAGCUUUUUCAAUAUACUGACAGAUAAAAGGCUGGUUUUUUAUGGGAAGUGAUAUAUUCCCAGGCUGCUCCAAGAUACAUUGAAGAUAUACUUUUUUUUUCCUUCUAAACUGUGGGGUCCUCUUAGUUUUCUCUGUAAAUGACAGCCUAAUCAACAGCCUGGAAAGGUUGGGUUUUAUAUGCUGAAGCAGCUGCUACACUUGGAAAAAGAGUCCUUUUUUUCUUGGUGACAUUCAUGUUAUUUCAACUGGGUUUUUGUCUUUGAAUCCAAAAGGACUUAAAUCUCAAAACCCAUUUCAGAGAAUAGCUGGUUGUUUCCUAUUUUAGCUUCAUUUGUAAGGUAAGGGCAUUGAUGAAUUUUUUAUCUUUGAAGUAAAGUUUAUGUAAUCUUGCAUUGUGUUGAAAUGUUUUAGAUUGUAGUUGGAUUAGCAUUGGGGUUAGUCAGAUCUGAGGUUUAGAAAGAUAUGAACUUUGGGGUUUGAUUAUUGAGAUUUUAAGCAGUUUUUGAGGUUAAUUCUUUUGGAGUUUUCUGGGAUUUUGGGGUUUCUUUAGAUCUUUGUUUACUGGGAGUCAGGCAGUGUUUUGAUGCUUUUUUGUUAAUGGUUUGUUGAGUUGAGAACUUGGGAUUAUAGCCAGGCAUUUGAGUUAUUUAAACAAGUUGAAGAUGAGACUAGGUAACUGGGUGGCUUUGGUUUUAACUGUUGUUUUGUUUGAGUUUUUGGGUUAUAGAAUACAUGGCUCAUUCACUCCUGCUGAUAACUACUUGAUUGUUUGUGGUUCUUCACAAAAUGUCGCAUUCCAAGGCAGAACUUUUGUUCCUGAUUUGAGCCAUUCUUCUCUUUCAUUGAAGAGUGGGAGUUCUUUUGUUGCUAGUUCUAAUUCUAGUGUUCCAUUUUCAAUAUAUCAAUCGGCCCGAAUUUUCUCUGACAUUGCUUCUUACAAGUUUGGUAUCAAUCAAGAAGGUCGGCAUUGGGUCCGGCUCUACUUUUAUCCUCUUCCAAAAUCAGGGCAGAACUUGACAUCUGCUCCAAUAACAGUUGUCACUGAUGAUUUUGUGCUCUUGAACAACUUCACUUUCAGCAACUAUAAUGGUUCUUUUUUGUUCAAGGAGUAUGCAGUCAAUGUGAUCUCUGAUACCUUGACUCUUACCUUCAUUCCUUCAAACAAUUCGGUUUCAUUUGUUAAUGCAAUGGAAGUUGUCUCCAUCCCAGAUGCAAUCCUGCCUGACCAGGCAUUAGCUCUGAAUCCAUCUGCUCCUAUUAGUGGUCUUUCAGAAUUUGCCAUGGAAACUGUUUAUAGGUUAAACAUGGGUGGGCCACUGAUCACUGCUCAGAAUGAUACCCUUGGAAGAACAUGGGAGACUGAUGUGAAAUAUCUCCAUGUAAACAGUUCUGCUCUGAAUGUUUCAGUCAAUCCUGCUUCUAUCAAAUAUACGACUUCCGUUACAACGGAAACAGCCCCAAAUUGGGUCUAUGCUACUGCUGAAGUCAUGGGAGAUGCAAAUGUACCCAGUAUGAACUUCAAUGUAACUUGGGUCUUCCCUGUUGAUCCAAACUUCAGGUAUUUUGUUCGGGCACAUUUUUGUGAUAUCGUGAGUCAGUCUCUCAAUGCUUUGGUUUUCAAUCUAUACAUAAAUGAUGAUAUUGCUGUUGCCAGUCUUGACCUCUCAACAUUGACUGGCGACCUAAAUGUACCUUAUUAUAAGGACUUUAUCUCCAAUUCUUCAGAAGAAUCCGAUACAUUGACUGUUAGUAUUGGUCCAGAUUCAGUGGCAGACAUCACUAAUGCAACAAUGAAUGGAUUGGAGAUAAUGAAAAUCAGCAAUGAGGCUGGAAGCAUGGAUGGACUUUCUUCUGUUAAGAAUCUCCUUACUAAAUCAUCCUCGAAGAAGAACAAGAUUUGGAUAAUAAUUGGUUGUCUUGUUGGAGCUGUAGCUGCAGUGGCACUAAUUGGGUUCUGUUGUUGUUGCCUGGCAGCACGCAAGUCAAAAGCUACUCAUCAAGGACAUCCGUGGUUGACUUUGCCCUUAUAUGGAAACUCUCAAACAAUGACCAAAAUGUCCACAACAUCACAGAAGAGUGGAACAGCAAGCUGCAUCUCAUUGGCUUCCUCCAAUCUCGGCCGGUUCUUCUCCUUCCAAGAAAUCCUUGAUGCUACCAACAAAUUUGAUGAGAGCCUAGUUCUUGGAGUUGGUGGUUUUGGAAGGGUCUACAAGGGAACACUUGAGGAUGGGACUAAAGUUGCUGUAAAAAGAGGUAACCCCAGAUCUGAACAAGGUCUUGCUGAAUUCCGCACUGAAAUUGAAAUGUUAUCAAAACUUCGCCACCACCACCUUGUCUCUCUUAUUGGGUACUGUGAUGAAAGAGCAGAAAUGGUUCUUGUCUACGAGUAUAUGGCUAACGGACCCCUUAGAAGCCAUCUUUAUGGAACAAAUCUACCAUCUCUAUCAUGGAAGCAACGACUUGAAAUAUGCAUUGGGGCUGCUAGGGGACUUCAUUAUCUCCACACUGGUGCAGCCCAAAGCAUCAUUCACCGAGAUGUGAAGACCACAAACAUUCUCUUGGAUGAGAAUUUUGUAGCCAAAGUAGCAGAUUUCGGUCUUUCAAAAACUGGUCCAGCUUUAGAUCAGACACAUGUGAGUACUGCAGUUAAGGGUAGCUUUGGUUACCUUGAUCCUGAAUAUUUCAGAAGGCAGCAACUCACAGAGAAGUCUGACGUGUAUUCAUUUGGGGUGGUUCUGAUGGAAGUUCUCUGUACUAGGCCAGCUUUAAAUCCUGUUCUUCCAAGAGAACAAGUUAAUAUUGCAGAAUGGGCAAUGAACUGGCAGAAGAAAGGUAUGUUGGAUCAAAUCAUGGAUUCUAAUCUGGCGGGGAAAGUGAAUCCAGCUUCCCUUAAGAAAUAUGGAGAGACAGCUGAGAAGUGCCUGGCUGAGCACGGCGUUGACAGGCCAUCAAUGGGAGAUGUUUUAUGGAACCUUGAAUAUGCUCUUCAGCUGGAGGAGACCUCAUCAGCACUAAUGGAACCCGAUGACAAUAGUACAAACCAUAUCCCAGCCAUUCAGUUGACACCGCUUGAGCCAUUUGACAACAGUGUAAGCAUGAUCGAUGGGGGAAAUUCUGGCGCUGAUGAUGAUGCUGAAGAUGCUGCUACUAGUGCAGUAUUCUCACAACUAGUAAAUCCUCGUGGAAGAUAGAUGACAAAAGGUCCUGCCUUGUGACUUUAGCCUAUGGACAUCCUGCUGAAAUUCAGUUGUCCCUGUCCUGAGAAUACUUGGUAAUAUCUUAAGAGAUUGAAUGAAGGUUUUUUCUCGUUACAUUAUUCUGUUCAUUUUCCUAAAUUUUUCAUUCAUAUUAUAUAUAGUUUGUAAUAUAGUUGAGUGAUGGCUACCUAUCAAUCCAUCCGAAAAUCGCAUGUAAUGAACCAUAAAUACUCCAUUAUUGUUGAUAUAAUUCAUCUGGUUUCCAGAUGCCAAUGUUAUUAUCACACAAUUACCAGACAAGGAAUAUCUUAUUUGUGUUUUGUUCACUGUAUGAGUUUAUAAUUUAAGGCAUCAUUUACUAUUUCAGCCGCUGAACUGACUUGCAAUGCUGGAAAUCCACUGCCUUUCAUUGUGAUUUCAAGGUAUGGUUAUAGAAAAGACUAAAAGUUUUCAGGGACUUAUUUUUUAUCUACACGAUGUCUAUCAUGUUCUACAGUAACUUA